AUGGCAAAACUCACUGAUGAUGCCGACUACGAUGCCGGCGAAACGUGCGUUCGUAGCUUGGUGCGGAGAAUGGCAAAACUCACUGAUGAUGCCGACUACGAUGCCGGCGAAACGUUUGAAAAUGUCUUGGUGCGGAGAAUGGCAAGUCUCACUGAUGAUGCCGACUACGAUGCCGGCGAAACGUCUGAGAAUGUCAAAGUCCACUAUCUGAUGCUGGGAAUUAUGACAACUGCUAUGGCAGACGACUUCGAACUAGGUGCCCUCUACUAA